GUUAUUGUAGCUAGCCUUUUUAGCACAUCGGCUAGCCGCUGUCUUCUGCCGCUCCGGUCUGCCGCAACGGGGACUUUCUGACCUCUUCACAACCCCCGGCCGAUUAAAUCCAUCUCAGUCCUUCUGUAAUUCAUCCUCGGUAGUUUAUCAUGAUCAGUUUUGACCGAACGGCUCGUUAGCUGUCGGUAGAAUCGUUGAAUUUGUGACGGGUUUGGCGGGACUGGGUCAGGUUAACAAUACGGUGAGCUAAACGCUAACGCAGCUAGCGUCGAAACAGGCCUCUUUUUUUCAAGGUAGCUAACGCGGCUAGUUUAGCGGAGCUACUGCGGCUGUCAUGGAAGACAAAUCUUUUACAAAGGAGUUGGACCAAUGGAUCGAACAGCUAAACGAGUGCAAGCAGCUUUCGGAAAACCAAGUGAGGUCACUCUGUGAGAAGGCCAAGGAGAUCUUGACCAAGGAGUCCAACGUCCAGGAGGUGCGAUGCCCGGUGACUGUGUGCGGCGACGUGCACGGCCAGUUCCACGACCUGAUGGAACUCUUUAAGAUCGGCGGCAAGUCCCCUGACACCAACUACCUAUUCAUGGGCGACUACGUGGACAGAGGCUACUACUCGGUGGAGACGGUCACACUGCUUGUGACGCUAAAGGUGCGUUUCCAGGAGCGGAUCACCAUCCUGCGAGGGAACCACGAGUCCCGGCAGAUCACGCAAGUGUACGGCUUCUAUGAUGAGUGCCUGAGGAAGUACGGCAACGCCAAUGUGUGGAAGUACUUCACAGACCUGUUUGACUACCUGCCGCUCACCGCGCUGGUCGACGGACAGAUCUUCUGUCUCCAUGGAGGCUUGUCGCCCUCCAUAGACACCCUGGACCACAUACGAGCUCUGGACCGCCUGCAGGAGGUCCCUCAUGAGGGCCCCAUGUGUGACCUGCUGUGGUCGGACCCCGACGACCGCGGCGGCUGGGGCAUCUCACCCAGAGGUGCAGGCUACACCUUCGGCCAGGACAUCUCGGAAACCUUCAACCACGCUAACGGCCUGACGCUGGUGUCACGCGCCCAUCAGCUGGUCAUGGAGGGCUACAACUGGGGUCACGACAAGAACGUGGUGACCAUCUUCAGCGCGCCAAACUACUGCUACCGCUGCGGGAACCAGGCGGCCAUCAUGGAACUGGACGACACCCUCAAGUACUCUUUCCUUCAGUUUGACCCGGCCCCUCGCCGUGGCGAGCCCCACGUGACCAGACGCACUCCCGACUACUUCCUGUGAAUGUUCGGCGCCGUCCCCGUUGGUCGCCCAGUUCCUCUCCACACCCUCAUUACUGUACCGAGGAGAAAAAAAGCGAUUGGCUGAAUCCUGUUCCCGAGUUAAAGUUAGCGCCCCCUCGCCCUAUUCUCAAACCCACCACAAAUGUGUUUCCACUCUGCUGUCGUUAACGCUGUGCUACACGUGCAAAUAAGAUAUUACUUCUUUCUUUUCUGUUUCUGAAAUGUUUUUAAGACAUAAUAAAACUUCCAAGGUGGACCAAAUGUGCCAUAUUCUGAUCCUUUCCCCUGCAAUUUGUUUUAAUUUAUUUGGUUUUUAAAUCCCUGCCCAUUUGAUCACAUCUCAUCACAUGUUGCCACGUUUGUGCUUUUUUUCUGUUUGGAACAAGAAGAGGAUGCCUAAAAGAAAAGUACCAUUUGCUUUAAGUAGUCCAGCUGUGAGUUUUAGAUACAGCGCUGCUCAUCAAGUCAGCAACUAUAUUACUGUCAUUCAAGACCACAAAGCUAUCAAAUAAUAAAAUGUCCUGUUGACCUAA